AUCAGCAUCGUGUUGUGCGUUGAGCUGAUCAGCAUGCAGAACGGCAGCAGCGAGGGCGGCAAGGCGGGCACCUGGGUGGAGGGUCCCUUCGCCAUCGACACGUCGCUGGUGCACGCCGCCAUCGACCCAGACCCCACCACAGGCGCCAUCCUGCCUCCCGUCUACCAGAACACCACCUUCAUUCAGGAGUCGGUGGCGCAGUACCUCGAGAAGGGCUUCUCAUACUCGAGGACAGGCAACCCCACUGUGAGGGUGCUGGAGAGGAAGAUAGCCGAGCUGGAGGGAGGGUAUGGCGCCACGUGCGUGUCAACGGGCAUGGCCGCCACAUUCACCGUCUUCUCGGCGCUGCUCAAGCCCGGCGACCACGUCGUCAUUACCAACUGCAGCUACGGCGGGACCAACAGGUGUGCCCGGGUGCACUUCUCCAAGUACGGCAUCGACUUCUCGUUUGUGGAUUUCCGCGACAUCAAGACGGUCGAGGCCGCCAUCACCGAGAGGACCAAGAUGCUCUUCAGCGAGUCGCCGACGAACCCGACGCUCUUCCUGGCUGACGUCGAGGCCAUCUCGCAGCUGGCCAAGGCCAGGGGCCUCGUGCACGUGUGCGACAGCACCUUCGCCACGCCCCUCAUCAUGAAACCCCUCGACCUGGGCGCCGACAUCGUCAUCCAGUCGACGACCAAGUUCUACGACGGCCACAACAUCACUGUUGGCGGGGCGGUGGUGUGCAAGACCAAGGAGCUCGACGACACCAUGCACUUCCACCAGAACGUCCUGGGCAACAUCAUGUCGCCGCAGGUGGCCUUCUACCAGCUGCAGACCACCAAGACCAUGGCCUUGAGGGUGCGGCAGCAGAGCGCGACGGCGCAGCGAGUGGCGGAGUUCCUCGAGAAGCACCCCAAGGUGGACAAAGUGGUGUACCCGGGCCUCAAGAGCUUCCCGCAGAAGGAGCUGGCCGACAAGCAGCACAAGGACGGGCUGCACGGGGGGAUGCUCUGGUUUGAGGUCAAGGGAGGCACCGACGCAGGUAGACCCCUCACACACAUACACGACACCACAGACGGCGGCAAGAAACCCAUCCAUCUCUCCCAUGUGUGUAUGUGAUCUGUGUGUAUGAAGGUCGUCGUUUGAUGGACACGUGCCAGCGUCCGUGGUCCCUGUGCGAGAACCUGGGUGCCACCGAGUCGAUCAUCACCUGCCCGGCGGUCUUCACACAUGCGAACAUGCUGCGGGAGGACCGCCUCAAGGUCGGCCUCACCGACGGGUUCGUCCGCGUCAGCUGCGGCAUCGAGGACGCAGACGACCUCGUCCGCUCACUCAAGAUCGCACUCGACAAUCUGUGACUGACAGACUCGACGGGGGAGGGGUGGGUUAGUCGUUGCAUGCUGCUUUUUUCAAAUGGUGUGCAUUGACGUCAUGUGUCUGUCGACCGGGGUAAUGGGUGGCUGUAGUAGAGUACAUUUUGGACAUGAUGCAUGAGCUGCGUUGCGUAGCUGACUAGCUUGUCACAUUGUGUGUGUGACUGUGGCACGAGGACGGCAUUGAUGUGGAUGCGUCUGUGGCUGUGGUUUUUGCCGCCAGAACCGCAUUCAUCCAUUCCUGAGGCCUCAGACCAUGACCGAAACUUGAG